AUGUCGGCUGCAGUUACCGCUACCUCAACGGCUGUACAGCCUUCCAAUUCAACCGCUGGUGCUCAACUUUCUGUAGAGCAACAACAACAACAAAUCGCUGCCGCCCAAGCUCAUGCCGCUCAAGCUCAAUUCGGUGCGCCUCCUGCUGCACCGCAAGCUUCUGCCUCACUUUACGUCGGUGAGCUGGAUCCAUCCGUAACUGAGGCUAUGCUUUUUGAAAUGUUUAAUAUGGUUGGCCCUGUCGCAAGCAUCCGUGUAUGUCGCGAUGCCGUCACUAGAAGGUCACUUGGCUAUGCCUACGUUAACUUUCACAAUGUACUUGAUGGCGAGAGAGCCCUCGAAACCUUAAAUUAUUCAUUGAUUAAAAACAAGCCCUGUCGGAUUAUGUGGUCUCAAAGGGACCCUGCACUACGUAAAACUGGUACUGGCAACAUCUUUAUAAAAAAUCUCGAUAAAAUGAUUGACAACAAGGCCCUCCACGACACCUUCUCUGCAUUUGGGAAAAUUCUCAGCUGCAAGGUUGCGAUGGAAGAUGGCACCUCAAAAGGCUAUGGGUUUGUUCAUUACGAAACAGCGGAAGCUGCUGAACAUGCCAUUAAAAAUGUGAAUGGCAUGUUGUUGAACGAUAAGAUAGUCUACGUCGGUCAUCACAUCCCAAAGAAAGAACGCCAAUCUAAACUCGAAGAGAUUAAGGCGAAGUUUACCAAUAUAUAUGUUAAAAACCUCGAUACCGAAGUUACCCUCGAGGAGUUCACAGAACUCUUUGAACGUUAUGGGAAAAUUACUUCGGCCGUGAUCGCAACGGAUGAAAACGGCAAUUCUAAAGGAUUUGGAUUUGUAAACUACGAAAAUCACGAAGAAGCCAAUCAAGCUGUUAGCGAUCUGCAUGAUACCGAAUUAAAAGGAAAGAAAUUAUUCGUCGCUCGAGCACAAAAGAAACACGAGCGCGAAGAAGAAUUGAGACGCCAGUAUGAACAAGCCAAGUUGGAAAAAUUGAGUAAAUAUAAAGGCGUAAACUUGUACAUUAAAAAUCUUGAAGACGAUAUCGAUGAUGAAAAAUUGCGCCAAGAGUUCUCUGUAUAUGGAGUAAUCACCAGCGCAAAAGUCAUGCGAGAUGACAAAGGUCAGUCGAAAGGAUUUGGAUUCGUAUGCUUCACGACGCCAGACGAGGCAACAAAGGCUAUAAAUGAAAUGAAUGGUCGAAUGAUUGGCACCAAGCCAAUUUAUGUCGCUGAGGCUCAACGUAAAGACGUAAGAAAAUCGCAAUUGGAGGCACAAAUUAAUCAAAGAAACCAACUUCGUAUACAACAAGCUGCGGGCAUUCCAGCGGGUCCAAGUGGAUAUCUCCCAAACAUUUUCCCACAGCCAGCUUUCUAUGCAACAACUAAUCAACGGGGUGGUGUCGUAUUUUCACCUCAACCAGGAAUAGUCCCAACUGCUGGUCCUCGUAGUCGAUGGUUCAAUCCAGCACAGCAACCUCCCUAUGUACCACCCGCAAUGAAUAUCCAAAGCAGUACUAACGCUGGACGCGGAGGAAGAAAUCAACGUCAACCUGGCCUCGCUCGUGGGGGUGCAAAUCAACAAUCAACUCGUCCUCAAAAUACAACGACGACUCAGCAACAACCACCAUCACCGGCUUCACAACAACAAAGCACCAGUCCUAAUCCACGUAAUAAUAUUUCUGGCGUUGGUCGAGGUCAUUAUAAAUUCAACGCUAAUGUCAGAAAUAACGGACCUACUGGUCUGCCUGGCCAAUCAACCACCACUAAUCCUCCAGCUUUGACUGCCGCUGCUUUGGCCGCAGCUCAACCAGAACAACAGAAACAAAUGCUUGGCGAGCAGCUCUUCUUUAAAAUUUCUCCCCAGCAACCUGAGCUUGCCGGAAAAAUUACAGGAAUGCUGUUGGAAAUGGAUAACGGAGAAUUGCUUCAUUUACUCGAAAGUCCUGAAGCUCUUGAUAACAAGGUCAAUGAAGCCGUAACUGUACUUAAACAACACGCGAUGAAUACUGGUCAACACCUUCCAGGUGAUAAAGAUGACGCCUCCAACUAG